AUGGAUCAGAAGGAGCUGGCUGAGCGUCUGUGGAGCAGGGUUUCUUCUGGACGUUCUCAGCGUAAACUGAAGGUGGAUCUGCAGCAGAGACUGAGCCGCUGUGAGCUGUCAGACAGAAGCUGUGGAGCUCUGGCCUCAGUCCUCAGCUCCCAGUCCUCUAGUCUGAGAGUCCUGGACCUGAGUCACAACGACUUGAAGGACUCAGGGCUGAAGCUGUUGUCUGAUGGACUGAAGAGUCCUCACUGUAAACUGGAGACGCUCAGUCUGUCAGGUUGUUUGGUGUCAGAGGAAGGCUGUGCUUCUCUGGCCUCAGCUCUGAGGUCCAACCCCUCCCAUCUGAGAGAACUGGAUCUGAGCUACAACCAUCCAGGAGACACAGGAACUGGAGCAUUCUGGAGGUCAGAGGUUAACUCCAGGACCCAGAAAGUAUCUCUGUGA